AUGGUAUAUGUGAGACUAAUGCUUCUUUGGAAUUCGGAUCUCAGAGGAAUGAAUGAUUCUUGUAGUGAAGGUGUUCUACGAGACAUAUAGUAGCUCACACACCAAGUCAAGAGUUAUAUUGGUUGUCCAAAUCCAUUAAAGUCAUUCUGAGCUUCUCAGAGGGCGGAAUAUUGUGGGAUCAAUGCCAAGAGCUGAAACAUUUGGUCUCAUCUGCCUGAGUUCAGUCAUGUUGGAACCAUGAAGCAACUGUUUUUAUCAGAGUGAAAGAAUGAUGAUUUUGAAAGUUCAGUGAAACCAAAGCAAGAGAGAUGACAGCUGAAGGACUACAGCUCUGCAGGGGUGCUAUCCCCAAUCUCUCAGAAGUGAGGAUUGUGCUGCUGGGGAACAGAGAAGCUGGGAAGAGUUCAGCAGGAAACACCAUCCUGGGCAGAGAGGAGUUUGACCCUGAUGUGAGAACACUGCAGUGUGUGAAGAGACAGGGAGAAGUAGCAGGGAGACAGGUCACUGUGGUGGACACUCCAGGAUGGAAGGAUUAUGAUCUCAAUAUUUCUAUUGAUUCUCCUAAACUCCUGAAGCAGGAGAUUGUUCUCAGUGUGACUCUGUGUCCUCCAGGACCUCAUGCUUUUCUGCUGGUCAUCCAUGAGAACAUGACCUUCACAGAUGCAGAGAGAAAUGCCACAUCAAACCACCUGAGUCUUCUGGGCCAUGGAGCCUGGAAACACUCUCUAGUUCUGUUCAUUCAUGAGACUCCUGCAGAAGAGAAAGCCUUUGAGGUUAAAGCGAAAAUGCUCCAACAACUUCUAAAAAGAUGUGGGAACAGAUAUCAUGUCCUUAACAACAACAACAAGGAUGAUACGCAAAUCACAGAGCUGCUGCAGAAGAUAGAAGAGAUGGUGGGAAGAAACAGUGGCCAUCACUAUGAAAUAAACAGAGAAAUAAUACAGAAGGUUGAAGAGAAGAGGGCAGAAGAAGAGAGGAGAGCAGAGGAGAGAAGAAAUAAACUCCAGAGACUAGGAGGUGCACUGCUUCCAGAUCUCAGAAUUGUGCUGCUGGGAUUUAAAGAUGCUGGGAAGAGUUCAUCAGGAAACACCAUCCUGGGCAGAGAGGAGUUUCAGUCUGGACAGAGAACUGCUGUUUGUGUGAAGAGACAAGGAGAAGUAGAAAGCAGACAGGUCACUGUGGUGGAGACACCUGGAUGGAAUGGCCAUUCAGUGAACAGCCCUGAAAUGGUCAGAAGAGAGAUUGUGCUGAGUCAGUGUUUGUGUGAUCAGGGACCCCAUACUUUUUGUUUAGUUAUAAGAGUGGACACUGCUUUCACAGAGGAACACAAAACAUCACUUCAGCAUCACUUAUUUCUUCUCAGUGAGAAGGUGUGGAGUCACACCAUGGUGCUGUUCACCCAUGGAGACUGGCUGGGAAACACAACCAUUGAGCAGUACAUUGAAAGUGAAGAACACAUCAGAUAUCUGGUAGAGAAAUGUGGGAACAGAUAUCAUGUUCUCAACAAUGAGAACAAAAGUGACAGAACACAGAUCACAGAGCUGAUGGAGAAGAUGGAGGAAAUUAUCUCUGGAAACGGAGGCCGUCACUAUGAGAUGGACAGAAAGAGACUGGAGGAAGUGAAGGAGAGGAGGGAGAAAGAAGAACAGAGAGCAACAGAGAGACUGAUGAAUGUGAAGAGGCAAAGACAACACCUCCAGUCGCUGAAGCGUGACAGAACACAGAUCACAGAGCUGAUGAAGAUGGAGGAAAUUAUCUCUGGAAACGGGGGCCAUCACUUUGAGAUGGACAGAAAGAAACUGGAGGAAGUAAAGGAGAGAAGAAAACAACAGACACAGAGAGCAGAGGACAGACGGAUGUGGGUCUACAGGCAGAUAUCUGCUUUCCAAUUCUCAGGAGGUGAUGCUCUAUUCCUCUCAAGCAUGAGUGUUGUGCUUUUGGGAUUCAGAAAUGCUGGGAAGAGUUCAUCAGGAAACACCAUCCUGGGCAGGGAGGAGUUUGACCUGAAGAGAAGAACACCUCAGUGUGUGAAGAGACAGGGAGAAGUAGCAGGCAGACAGGUCACUGUGGUCGAGGCUCCAGGAUGGUGGGGUGAUGCCACAGUCAACACCACUCCUAAGCUCACUAAACAGGAGAUUAUCCAAAGUGUGUCUCUGUGUCCUCAAGGACCACAUGCUGUCCUUCUAGUUAUACCUGUAGCUUGUAGGUUUACAGAGGACAACAACAAAAGUGUGCGGGACCAUUUUGACAUUAUUGGUAAAAAUAUUUUGAGGCAAAUUGUCCUUUUCACCUAUGGAGACUGGCUGGGAGACACAUCCAUUGAGCAGCACAUUGAGAGUGAAGGAGAAACCCUGCGGUGGAUCAUUGGGAAAUGUGGGAACAGAUAUCAUGUCCUCAACAACAAGGACUGGACUGAUGAUACACAAGUAACAGAGCUGCUGGAGAAGAUAGAACAGAUGGUGGUAAUAAAUGGAGGUGCUCACUAUAAAAGACCACAAGAAGAGAGAAGACGGACGUUUUUCUCCAGAGGUUUGAAAUGGAAUAGAGCAGAUGACCAGAACAGAGCGAUGGAUGAGGCUGCAGCACGAUUGGAUGAGAUGACUCUGCAGGGAAGCAUGGCAUCUCCCCCUCUGAUGUGUGGAGAUGACAGAUCGGAGAUGUUCACAGUGGAAAGCUCAGGCUAUGGCACAUACCCAUCACCAGCACCUUCUGUAGCCUUGUCUGAAGCCUCCGCUGAAUGGGGCUCCCAGGAGUCCAUACACACUGAGUGGAGUGUCCAGGGGAGCACUGGAGGGGGAGAGUGAAAUACUGAUGCUGCUGAAAGUCCAGUAAAGCUGAAGGAAGAGAGAUGGCAGCUGAAGGACCACAGCCCUCCA